GAGAAGCAACACGGGCCGAUAGCUGGCUGCACCGUGUCCUCACACACUCACACACUCUCUCACACACAGCACGUCCGACACAUCAGCUGCUCUCUGCCCCACACUGCUGCUGGAUUUACUGCUGAACAACGGAACAGUUGCUCCAUCCUGAGAAGGUCAGUGAUGGUCAGUGCGACUUAGAGCCUGCAGCUGAGGAUGUCUGCUACAGAUUCGGACAACUCCAUUGACUGGCUGGCUAGUGACAAUGAGGACAACGACAGCGAACAGGAGUCUGACUGCACCGGAAAGCACAACCACACAGAGGGUCCUUCAUCCCCCCGCAGCCCGCCACACCUGGGCCCGUCUGACAGCAGCGAGGUGAAGGAGGGGGGCCGUAACUGGAGCGAGGUCACAGAAGCCUCCAGCCGGAGGUUUCCCUCAGGCUGCACGGAGACACAAGACAGCCCCAUUGGACUGUGUAAAACACAAGGAGACAAAACAAAUGGCAAAAACACUCAGCAAACACUGAAGAGACCUCACAGCUCCGAGGAGGAGUGCAAGCCCCUUUCCAAUGUGUCAGAGAAGAACCACAUUUUCCACAGAAAGUGCAUGGAGCUACAAUGCUACAUUCACCCACUGUCAUCUAUCUUGAAUGGCCUUCGUUCAGGGAGAUACAGAGAACGACUCAGCAGUUUCCAGGAGAGCGUGGCCAUGGACAGGAUUCAGAGGAUCAUGGGAGUCCUGCAGAACCCCUGCAUGGGAGAGAAAUACAUUAAUAUCAUUCUUAAAAUGGAGGAAAUGCUGAAGAGCUGGUUCCCUGAUGUAAAACUCAAGGAUCAACUUGCUGAUCCCCGGACAGAGGAAGCUGUUCCUACCAAGAAACUGAAGCUAUCUCCAGUAAGCGUCACUGCAGUCGUGUGCCCCGUCCCCGUCAGUGAUCCUGCAGCCGGUGUCAAACCCCUGAGAGUCACCGAACUCGCCCCUCCUGGAGCUCACUCUGCCAGUAACCUGAAGUGGCUCCACCCCUCGCCCAUCUGCUCCCCCGCAGCAGAGCAGGCCCAGGGCGGCCCCGGGCUCCCGCUGCCCCCCAAAGACCUAACGCAGGACAACGCCGUGUCCUCCAGCACGGACAGCCACGGCAAGAGAGACUCGGUGCCCAGAGGCCCUCCGCCGAGCAAAAUUAACGCACCCUGUCUAGAGAGGCUCCUCAAAUCGACAGAAAGCAUCAUCUGCAAGGGGAAGGGCGGUUUGACAGACAGCAGCUGGUCCUAGUCCACACAGACGGCUGGGGGUCCGGCUGUUAGCACCGCACAGACCCAGCCUAGCCUUGCCCACCAUGCCGGGAGACGGUCAGCUCGCCAACCCAUUCCAGCCUUCAGGGGAGACGGGAGCCUCCAAAAGGGACGUCACAGAGUCCACUGUAAUGUGGAAGGAGCAUUGACGGACAUGUUGUACUCUCUGUAUGGAAAUGUGCCCUCUCUGACAUGACAGGUGUCUGCUUUAGUUUCCCCCUUUGUUGACUUACUUUGUUUUUUUUUGUUUGCACUCUUGAAUAGCGUGUAUGAGAGUGGAGAGGAUAGAUUUCACAUGCGCGAGAUCUCCGGAGCCCCUGAUUCCACAACUGAACCGUUCCCACUGACCUGUAGAUGCAAUAAUGCAGAGUAUCUGUGAAACCGCCAUUAUGCCUGAAAGGGGAAUAAUUGCAGGAGUAGUUUGAGCUUGAAGGGAUUUUUCAGAUAUCCAGACAUGACGGUGGUCAACAUAUUGUUGUAUGGAAAAAAAAGUGGCAUAAAUGUGAUAUUUUUUUCUCAACCCCCCCAGACCCAAUGACUCCACUCUUAAGUUUAUUGAUGUGACUGUUACUCAUUUGUAUACUUUAUAAAUAAGUAUUUUGGUACAACUAUUCUACCUCAGUGGGCACCACGUCACAGUUAGUGAGUAGGAAUGCGAACGCUACGCUCAAAGUCUGAACACCUCAGCAGAUCUGCAGGGAGCCAAACGGCCUCUGACACGCACCGCGAGAUCUGCAGUACGAGUCGUUCUGCUUGUACAAACAGAGGAUGCUCUCUCCAUGGGGAUGCAAUCAUGGGCCUGACUGGUGCCAUUGUAAAGAAUGUCAACUGCAGAUUUCUUUUUCGAGUCUCCCAGUAGAAGGCAAACAGUGCCUGUAACGUCAAGCUGUGCCUGUAAGCCAGUUUGAUAAAAAGAGAGGAUCGUUCAGAGUAACUGCUUCUCGGUGGGAUGUACAAAUCAGGAAUUCUCACUCUCCUGCCAUUUCCUGUAACGAGUAAAUUAUUCAGAUCCUGCCAACGACUUUCUGUGGUGGAGUAGAACAAUUCUUUUAUUUUGCCACAGAACUGGACAGUAUGUUAGACCAGCAGAGAGGGACAAGGUAUUUCUCUGUGUGAAUCUUACGGAAAGGUUGUCGAUUUACCCUGAAAAGUGGCCUUUAUAGUGUGACAUUUUAUACUUUCAAAAUAAACGUGGUUCUAUUUGUUUGAUGC